AUGUUGUUCUUUUUACAGAGUUUCUCAGAGAAGAGGAGUACCAGCCACCUGAUUAUGAACUUAAGCCUGGCGCUCCUGCUCCAGAUACUGUCUGCAUCAAAGACUUCAUCUGCUGGUACAUCGACUCGUCUGCGGGCUGUGGGAGGCAGUUUUGAGAAUGCCACGACAAGCAAAAUUGUACAAGAAGAUCGGAGCGAGAUAUACUCAUGGAUUAAAAAAGCCCUGACAGUGAAUAAAGUUAUCGAAGAUGUCAAGAAACAAAAAUUCAACUUUACUAGAGAUGACUUUCAAAACACUACUUCUUCACUGUGGACGCGUGACAGCCCGAUCUUUAUCCAUGGACUUCUCAAGAUCUUCAUCUUAUUUGCACUACAAGUGUAUCUUUUUACCGGAGCAAGGAUUGGUGCUUUUGUCCCGGAGCAUAAAUACAGGAAUCAGAGAGGACUUCGCUAUAGGGUGCCCCAGUAG